GCCUUGCUUGCAAGGCCUCUUCCGAGAUGAAAAGCUCUAUGGUUUCCUUUUUUUAGCUUUCGACUUGAAGAUAUCUUUUGCAGACGAUUUUCAGUUCUAUUCCAAAACGAUAUAGUAUCGUAUAGGCUUAGGUUUCUCAUACUCCAACGUAUUUUACCUAAAUACCUAUUAUCUCAACGUUAAAUCUCGUAUAUAGCCGUCACGGGAGUAAUAGCUGACGAUAUAAUGGCCGACAACACAGUACCUGACACACAACCCGAUGGACACAGAGACCCUUUUGUUGUAGGAGAUGCAGGAUUCAAGGGAGCGGGAGUGUUUGCAACAAGAGAUAUCGAGGCUGGCGAACGUUUUCUUGUGGAAAGGUGUACGCUCUCCCGAAUAGACUAUACGGAUAUUUGUGAAUGCACCAAUAAUCUAAUUGCGGCGUAUUUAAAAUUGAGUACAGAAGAUAGGCAUGCUAUUCUCGAUUUACAUUACGACAAGGAUCCUGCGAUGAGGCAGACAUAUGAACAAACAUUCGCGCGUUACGGCCCGCUGUCAGACGCAGAGCUUGAAGAAUGCCUCACCGUCGUACUUAUUCACAUAGCCAACAACUUUGAGAUACUGGCUAGUCGAGCCCUACCGGGCGGGGCGAAGACCCUUGCUAGAUCUGGUGUCUUCGUCAAGGCAAGCCGGUUUAACCACUCGUGCGAUCCCAAUUGCUGGUACUCUACCACCUCACUUGAAGGUCAUUUCAUCUGUGCACCAUCACGAGCCAUCAAAGCGGGUGAAGAGCUAACAGUCAGUUAUAUACCUAAUCAUGCGACGACAGAAACCCGGCAGGAAGAAAUUCGAGGGACUUGGAAGUUCGAAUGCGGAUGUACCAAAUGCCAAGGAGUUGAUAGUGCAUUCGACGCUGAGCUCGAGGAAGCAUACGCUUUGGCGUUUCCCAAUGAUCCCCUCCCUGAUCAUGAACCAUUACCAAAGUCUUUAGGAGAAAGACAUGUAGAUGCGAGUCGCUUAGUUCGACGUAUAGUACUGCUUGAAAAACUGGGCUGGCUCAAGGAAUUAUUUUUCGCGUACUUAGAUGCAGGCGAAUUCUUUUCGCAGCUCUACUUAGACACAUGGCAGACGGAUCUCGACACUGGCUUAGAGUACGUACAAAGAUGUGAGUAUUUUUACGAUAGCGCAGUCUCCGUAGGGCGGCAAGCUUGGCCACAUGGCGACAUGACAGUGGAAACUGUCAAGGGAUACGCAACCUCGGCGAGAGAGUCAGUUGAAUAUACGAGACGCCGUAUAGCCAGACAAGCAGGAUCCUCCACGUAACAGCAAACGUAGUCACUUCCACAAUUUCAAUCGACAAACUACUAGAUGCACGACUAACUGGGAGCCAUUUCCGGUAGACAUAGUUCAUGUAUAUACCUAUAUAGUUCACGCACACGUUAUAUAGUUCAGAGUGCACCGUUACCUACUAGGGAGCAAGAUGCUGUCACAAUUCCGACAGAAGUCAAGCCAAUAGACCCC